UGCAAAUUUGCUCCCGUGGUCUAACAUAAUACAUACAGUUGUCAAAUAGAUUUUUCCUGAUCUUAGAUGUGAUUGAUUUAAGUUAAAUAUAAGGAAAUUUAUGGAAGAGGGAAAGACUUUGGAUAAUUCGUGAUAUACGUGCUUUGACGAAGACUUCUUUUGUUUGUUUCUUCGAUCCCUGCUUUACAAACCGAAGGUCAUAGGGUUUUGCUUCGACAGAGACUUGGGUCCGUCCAGACUGCACAUGCCCUUUUUUGAACAGUCAACUUCCUUCCAUUUCUCCAUUAACUGUUCACAACCGCCAAACGCCACCUCGUUGGUAUCUCGGUCCCCUCGGUCUAUUUUCCCUAUAUAAACCCUCCAACCCAGAUUGCAACUUGCAUUACAUAUCUAAAGCAAUACCAAGUUUUCAAGCAAAGAAUUAUAUGUGUUAACUACUCAUCCAAUUCCCUAUAUUUUCUCUUUAUUCGUGUUGUUUUCAAUGGCGGCUACUGCUAAAUCUCAUGGAGAUGUUAAGGUAGUGCUAAUUGACACUCAAUACGUUGAAACUGAUCCCCUCAGCUUCAAAUCAGUAGUUCAAAAGCUUACAGGAAAGGAUUGUUGCGUUGAAUGGAUAGAUGAGAGAUCGUUUUGCUGUAGGAAAACCGAAACAAAGGUAGCUGGAAAGGUUGCAGCUGAAAGGUCAUAUGGCACGAUCGGCGGUGGCUAUGGUGGUGGUAGUGGCCUUGGUACUUCCAUGUUAACUAAAGGUUUAUCUUUUAAAGACUUGGAUAGAAUGAUCUUGGAGGCGCCGCCAGUGGACGAGUUGAAGUGGUGGUGGGCUGACUAGCUAGCUAGCUAGCUAGAAUUUGUUAAAACUUUUCAGGCUAUUAUUAAUUGAUAAUUUUAUAAUUGUUAGAAUUUUUUAGAAUUUUUCUAGCUAGAAUUUGCACUAUUUUUUCAGAUUUGAUUAUAUAUAUAUAUAUAUAUAUAUAUGAUAUAUCCAAUGAACUAAUUUUUUUAUAUCAUUUCUGCUGUA